UCUCGCGAGAUUUCGGUUGCACUUGGAAAGGAAUCACCGAAAGAUGGCGGCUCCGCCUGAUGAGGGGAGUUUGGAGUCUCGCAUCAACAAAGCGACCAACCCUCUAAACAGAGGGACCGACUGGGACAGCAUUAAAGCUUUUUGUGAGCAACUCAGCAAUGAACCUGAAGGUCCACAGCUGGCCACCAGGCUUUUGGCCCACAAGAUCCAGUCACCGCAGGAAUGGGAAGCCAUGCAGGCCCUCACGGUUCUGGAGACGUGUAUGAAGAACUGUGGGAAAAGGUUCCAUAACGAAGUGGGGAAGUUCCGCUUUCUCAACGAGCUCAUCAAAGUGGUUUCUCCAAAGUAUUUGGGCUCUCGAGCUCCAGAACCGGUGAAGAAGAAAGUACUAGAAAUGAUGUUCAGUUGGACUGUUGGGUUUCCUGAAGAGGCCAAAAUAUCUGAUGCCUAUCAGAUGCUGAAGAAACAAGGUAUUGUGAAACAGGACCCGGCGCUACCGGACGAUAAGCCCCUCCCUCCUCCUCCACCCAGACCCAAGAAUGCCAUCUUUGAGGAUGAAGAGAAGUCAAAGAUGCUGUCACGCUUGCUCAACAGCACUCACCCGGAGGACCUGAGAGCGGCAAAUAAACUUAUUAAGGAAAUGGUUCAGGAGGAUCAGAAGCGCAUGGAGAAGGUGUCGAAGAGAGUGAACGCUAUUCAGGAAGUGAACGAGAGUGUUAAGCUGCUGACACAGUUAUUAGCCGAUUACAGCAAAGACACCAGUUCGCACGACAAUGAGGAGCUCAUUAAGGAUUUGUACCAGCGCUGUGAGAAAAUGAGGCCCACGCUGUUCCGACUAGCCAGUGACACAGAAGACAAUGAUGAAGCUUUAGCGGAGAUCCUUCAGGCCAAUGACAGUCUUACGCAAGUGAUUAACCUCUACAGGCAGCUUGUGAAAGGAGAGGAAGUGAAUGGAGACAGCAGCACUAUGCCUACACUUAAGGGGAACAGCACGGCCCUGUUGGACCUCACUGGCCUGGACACGUCACCCUCAGCUCCCACUUUCCCAGAAUUCCCUUUUCAGCCCACACCAUCACAUGAGCUGGGUAUCAGCCUGCUGGAUGAUGAACUCAUGUCUUUGGGUCUUAGUGAUAACACUCCUAGUUCUACUCUGGCUUCCUCCCAGUCUGGGGAUGCCUCCACAUGGAACUCAUUCCAGGUUUCAGAAAGUGUAGACACACCCAUUCCUUCAGUAACAUCCACCGUGCUGCUACCGUCAGUUUCCAGCUCCCCGGCCCCCGUCAGCGCCCCCACCCCUGCCAUCAAGUCCCUGGAUGAGCUGGAUGUGCUGGGGAAGACCCUGCUACAGCAGUCGCUGCCCCCUGAGAACCUGCAAGUCAAAUGGGACAAACUUCAGCCGCAGUCUAGGCCCACCCUGCGAGAUCUCCAGAGCAAGACGAACGCGAACCCAGUGACAAGCCCAAGUCCCAUCCUAGCAUUUUCCUCUGAGCCUGCUAAUCUCCUAAACUCGCAGCACAACAACGAGGCUCCUGCACUGAGCAUUGUCCCUGCUUCCACUCCUCAGGACGAGGUCUCUCUGGCAAAUGUCACCGUGUCCCUGGAAUCCAUCAAACCUAGUAGCAUGUUGCCAGUGACAAUCUUCGACAAACACAGCUUGCGGGUCCUGAUGCAUUUUGCACGCGAGUGUCCUCCGUCUCGGCCCGACGUUUUGGUAGUCAUCAUCUCCAUGCUGUCGUCCGCUCCCAUGCCCGUCACAAACAUCCGCUUCCAAGCCGCCGUCCCCAAGACGAUGAGGGUGAAAUUGCAGCCGCCUUCUGAAUCGGACCUGCCCGCCUUCAACCCCAUACUCCCACCUGCUGCGAUUACACAAGUCCUCCUGCUGGCCAACCCUCAAAAGGAAAAGGUCCGGUUGCGAUACAAGCUGACAUUCGAUUUAGCCGACGAGUCCCACGAUGAGAGCGGAGACAUCGAACAGUUCCCACCUCCAGAGUCCUGGGGGAAUCUUUAGGUGGACACAUUGACUUCCUGCUGCUUUAUCCCUCCGCUUGCCCAGUAGGAACAGCUCUCGCAAAACCCACGGUUCGGUUUCGAUCCAAAGAAAAUUGAGCCUCUCCUCAACUUCCGCGAAUAUUCCGAAGAAGUAACGUUGACGUUCCAAAUCCGAAGCUAAACACCGUUAGAAAUCUGAUAUGAAGCAUGUCCGAAUGUGAACGGCGAGCGGUAGAGGUUAGGCGAAGUGGCGGAUUGUCUCAUUUUAUUAUUUUCUUCCCCCCAAACUGGAGUCAGAUUCAAAUUUAAAAGGAUCUGGAACCCUGUGCUGUCCUUUUCGUCCUGCGUUCCUUUUGUCUGUCUUCGUUUUAACCUCCAUCUUCAUCUUAACCCUUAUCUUCCUCUGCUGCCUCUCUGGCUUUGUCCCGUUUCGUGAAAAUGUUGAUGCAAUAUUUGCUUUCCUGACAAAGGGGGGGGGGCAUGUAUAUGUGCUUGUCACUCAUAACUACUUCAUCGUGCUGUCUGUAGUAGAGAUGUGUGUGUGUGUGUGUGUGUGUGUGUGUGUGUGAGCGUAUUUUAUGAUUCACAGAGCGGAUCUGUGCGAGAGUUUGAAUAAUGGAAGUGGGUUUUGUUUCUAAGCUGUGACGCCUCUGACAUCCUCGAUGACAGAAAUCCGAUCUCUCCUUCUUUGCCUUCGUUCCGAUGAGCUCCGUAUCCUUGUCACCUCAAGAGAGGAUGAGAGCGGUAUUUGAUUUCUCUCUGCACAUCCGUGUCGAUUUUUAGAACCAAAGUUGCACAUCAUUAAUUAGCGUUGAUUUAUUCGUCAGAUUGCGUGUAUCGUCUGGUGACCGACCGAAUCCGAUAGGAGGAGGAAAUUUGUUCGACCCUAUUUCCAAGCCUUUUGCUCAAAACUUGCGGACGUGGCAGUUUUUGGAACAGCAGAUAAUCUCGAAUUAGGAAGAGCGUAAAUUAAAGCCUUUUUAUUUUGUCCAGUCAGAAGCUGUUUGUGGAUUCAGGAUUUGUGCUUCGUUUCAAAAACCGCCUUCUGCUUUCCAUGAACGAGUUUUGAGCAAAUCAGGGUGUGGUUGACUUUUAUCAAUACGGGGAAAACGUAUAAAAGGUUGAGGUAAUCGCACACUACAGGUGCAGUCGGAUCGAGAUAAGGUUGGUCUGAAAAGGAGAAAAUCUUGUACAAUUAAUGAAAAAUGUUUUGCCCUUUUCGGAUUGAAUUCAUGUUGACAUUGAUGCUGGCGUCUUGUUUAAAUUGACCGUAUGUGCCUAAUCUAAUGUUUUACAUUCAUCCUGUAUUUCUCUUUUCUUAAAUGCUGUUCUGUACAAACAUAUUUGCAUUUCUGUUUGUCUGUUUUGGUUCAGGAGUUUGGCAGUUGCUGUUAACACUGUUUAAUGUAGGGGUUUUUUUUGUUUUGUUUUUUUGGAUUUGAUUCGAAAUGCCGGCGUUGGUUUCGUUUUACAUGGCAACAAUGAAACAACCUUUCUAUUUAUUUUGCGUUGAGUUUAAUAUUCCAACCGAAAAACAGUGCCCCCCCUCCCCCUAAAUACAGCACAUAUAGCGAAGGAGAAAUCCUCGUGCCUCUGACCAGUUGAAAUGAAAGAGAAUCAUAAAAAGCUGAAGACAUUUUCUGUUCGCAGAUGUGGAUUUGUCCGGUUGCGUAAAGGACAAGUCGAACCGCUGCAAGUGUAAUGUCAUGUUGCAGCCCACCCCGUCACGCUCCAAGGUUACGCCUUCAGCCUGAAGUCAUACUCACCUGGUUCUGUUCCCGAGUCUGACUGUAAAUAGUAUACGUAUUGCAAUUAUGUACAUUUGCCAAAAAAAUUGAAAAACUACAGAGAACGAAUAAUAAAUAUGGAAGAGAGCAGAGAAUGUAGUGCAAAUAUGUAUUUAAGGGAAAUAAAGUUAUUCUUUUUC